AUGACGAUGGAAUCUCCACCCUCCAGACGCGAUGCACUUCGCUCCCAACGAUCUUCCAAAUCUCUUCGUCGUCUGAAUACUGGUGGCGACAAUAAUACUAAUAACAGUAAGAGUCCUCCCCCGGACCGUGCUCGUCGACAACGCUUGGAACGAGGUCCUUCUUCUCGCGGACUGACACGAGGACUAUCGUCGCGUGCCAAUAAACGUGAUUCCUGGUCUCGUCGAUCGCACGGACUAGAUGACGACGAUGAAGAAGUUGAAGACAUGGAAGCGUUGGAUCAAGACGACAAUAAGAAAGAAAAACGCCGUGGUGGUAGCGGCAUGCGUCGUACUACCAGUGCCGACAAUGGUUCUGGUGGAAGUUUCGAACGUCGUCCUAAAUUGGCACGCAACAAAUCCUGCGAUGGUUCUACCAUGCCCUUUCAACGCGUCCAACGACGCAAUUUCGCCGCCAAUGCCAAAUUGGAUCGAUCGGCCAGUGUCCGUCGAUUGGGGGGUUUGAGCAGCAAUAAUAAUAGUCGCAGUACGUCCAGUCGUCAUUUGCUCGGCUCCUCGCGGUCGUCGCGCAAUUUACAAUUGGAUCGCAGCAAGAGCGAACGACGAUUCAACACGGAAAACAACAAUAAUAGUAAGGAAGACAAGGCCAUGAAGGCUCCCAGUCGAUCCAUCGAUGGUUCCCGUCGAUCCAUGGAUGGCAGCAGUGAAGGAGGAAGAUCAUCCGCACGACGAGGACGAGUGGCGCGCAAAAACAGUGGCAUGGGCGUCAGUCGCAACAACAGUGGCGGUUCCGUCAUGAGUGGUUCGUCCUCCAAUGGUGGUGGAGGAGAAACCAGUGUCCGGCGUCGUCGCAAUUCCCGACGGGAAAAACAUCAACACAAUACCGCACUGCAUUUGGAACGUCUCGAUCAGAAACAACAGUAUGACGACGACGACGACGACGAUGAUGACGAUACCGUCACUGGAAAAGUGGUGGUCAAGGGUAAAGGAUUGGACGAUGGACGUCGUCGUCGCAGGGAACCCACGCUCAGUAAAAUGAGUAUUGAUCAAUUGAGGAAUCGACUCGUAGGAAGAGACGAGGAAGAGGAGGAGGAAGAAGAACAACCAGGUGAUGAAAUGGAAAACGACGGCUCCAAUUGGGCAGCAUUUGACGAUGUGCCUCCUCCAUUGACAUCGGAUCUCAACGAUGAUUAG